AUUGUCCACUGCUGUCCACAGUUGAUCUCGAGCAGUUGGCGCGAACAGAUUCAGAUUUUGAAAUUUUGUUGUUGCCGUGCGUAGCGCUUACAUUCGAAAAUAAAUGGCACCGACCGAAAACGGAAUAGCUGCUCCGGAGCAGUCGGAUCUACCUGCAUGGUUGAACGAAUCAUUUUUCGAAGACAUUUUCGUCAGCCAGCAAGGUUUAGCUCCUGGCAAGUUUGAAGUGAAGAUCCAGAGCGUAACUCCAACGGGCGGCUCUGGAGAAAACUACACAUCGUCGAUGUACCGCGCCAAAGUAGAUGCUGUUUGUGAUGACGGCAGUAUCAACACUCUUGCGGUUAUUAUCAAAGCUAUUAUCACUAUGCCGGAGAUGAAACAAUUUAGCGUAUUUACUCGAGAGAAACACGUUUACGAACACACGCUUCCGGCAAUGGAACAACUAUGGGCAGAAGCGGGAGAAACUAUCCGGUUCGGCCCUAGAUGCUGGAAAACGGUGGAAGGAGACACGGACGUAAUUGUGAUGGAUGAUCUUGGGGCUCAAGGAUACACUGUGGCCAAUCGUCAGCAAGGCGCUGAUCUGGACCAUGUUCAUGUAUUUUUAAAGAAGCUUGCGCAAUUUCACGCCGCUGGUGCUGUUCUUUAUCGGAAAAAUAAAACGAUUUCGCCGUUAUACGACUGUUUUUACGUUAGCCCUGAGGGUAGAGUUUUUAUGGAGAAAUUUAUCAGCGUAAUUAAACCUGUUUUUUUGGAGAUCCUUUCAUCAUCACCGGAAGAUAAACAAUACCAAUCUAAAUUGGAAAAAAGUUUGGAUAAUCAUUUCAAUAAGCUAAGCACGUCUCUCGCAUUGAACGACUCGGAUUUCGUUGCGCUCUGCCAUGCCGAUGUGUGGACGAACAAUCACUUGUACAGCUAUCACAAAUCUGGAAGUCCGAAGGAUGCCUUACUGAUCGACUACCAAGGUCCAUUCUACGGCUCACCUGUAACAGAUUUAUUUUAUUACGUUGUGAGUUCAACCACGCUGGAGCUUAAAACCACCAGGUUCGAUGAGUUAGUCCAGUAUUAUCAUACUCAACUGACUGAGGCAUUGACUAAACUUGCAUAUCCGCUUGUCAUACCCAGUCUGAGGGAUAUUCACAUAGAGAUGCUUAAGCGGGGAUAUUUCGGAUUGUAUUGCUUGUAUGGGAUUCUGCCAGUGGUACUAGCGGACAAGAAUGAGAACGCCAACAUGGAUGGAUUCUUCGGAGAUAGUGAAGAGAAUAAAAAAUUCCGACAUGACAUGUACAAUAAUCCACUGUUCUAUGAACAUUUGAAACCUCUCUUGAAGCUAUUCGACACUCGGGGCUUGUUGGAUUUUGAAUGAACAAGGAGAUGCGAAGAUAAUAGUUAUAUGUAUGAUAAUAAAGUGUUUCUAUCAUA